CGAAUGAGGGGUCAUGAAGAAUUUUAGCCGCAUGGAAAAAUGUCUGUGUGCGAUAACCUCCAGGCCAGGGCUACCAUAGAUGUCUCAGAAAAAGGAAGGAAUCCAGUCAUCACUCGUAAUUCGUUCCGUCAUAUCCUACUUCAAACUCUCAAUACACGCAAAGUAAACUUCUACUACCACUACCACUGCCAACAUUGCUAAUAAUACCUAUUUAUACGAAUUGAUAGUGGUGAGCUAUUACGAGAGACAAUAAUAAUAAUAAUCCUGAAUCUCCACAUAUCAAAGAUUGAGGGCAUUGUCUUAAUUUUAUCAUCUUUCAUCCCAUCUAAUAAUACUCACUCAAAUCGCAUGGACACAAGCUUCAUAGCUCAUAAGUCCUCUUGAUCCAAUAACACCAUAGAACCAACUAGCUCAAAAUUUACACAUACCGGCAUGGAAAGGCCUGAUAGACGACAAGAAAGGGAUGUCAAUGAAUUGUUGGCAAAUGGAUUCUUCCGAACUUCUAGAGCAAGAAGUCCUUCGCCAUAUAGCUAUAGAAGAAGAACUCCCAGCCCUCCUCCACAAAACAAUUAUACAUCUAGCUUCCUGGGCACUUCCGAUCGUGAUGCUGGACGUGCAAGAAGCAGAAGUCGUGUUCGACAUAGAGGACCACCUCCACCGAGACCAACAGUAGAAGAUGAGGCCAUUUCACUAUCACGAGAAUCUGCACCAUCUUCUGUUUCCUCAUACGAUCCUCCUUGUCGUGGUGUUAUCGAUCAAUACCCUAUCAUACUCGAGUCUGAUGUCAGUGAGAGUGAGGCUGAGAGAUUACAUGCUGCGCCAAGACCGAAAGAAUCAAGGGACUGUGAUGACAAUUCCGAACGACGUUUUGUUCUUGUACCAGGAACCGAUACAAGCUCUAACAAUGAAUCAGCCAAUCAGUAUAGAAAUGAAGAUAGGCAACCCAGAGGCAGACCGGAACAAGCUAGAUCAGAACGCCAAUCCGCACCAAAUGGGGACGAGCAUGAGAGGAACAAAAUCAACAACGAGCCGGUGCUAAAACCCCCUCCAUUGGAAAGGAGAAGAAGUAGGCAAGAAUUGCCAAGUAUACAGACAAAAGUCCCUCGAGAUAUUCCGUCAAAGUACCGAAGGAGUGCGUCUGCAUAUGGUUCCAGGGAUAAUGACGAAACUCCAAAAGCUCCAGAUGUUCCUCAUACUUCGACUGGCGAAUACUUCCUCUCUCCUAAUAUGAUGCACACUCCUAGGGGCCAGAAAGAGUCUUUCGAAUCCGUUGCGCAGCCCGUCCCUCGACACCACUCAUUACAAGAGAGCUCGAGAAAACGCGGCAAUUCUAUAAAUGAGAAAAGAAAUAGUGAAAGCAACUUUCCUAAUAGUAUAUCGCGAUCGGGAACACCACUCGCAGCAAAGAGGAACAGUGGAAAUUUUGAGAUUCCUUCAAGAUCAAGGCGGAAUUCAAACGAAAGAACUGUACAAUCACAGCCCACACCUGAAGAUGUAAAACGAUUCGAGCGACUAAGAUCUGGCAAGUCGGAUCGAGGAUCUGGAUCAGAACGUGCACGCUCUCCUAAAAGAUCGGCUACUUCCAACUUGCAGUAUUGCAGCAGCAGUGAAGAUGAUCUUGCAGACAGUGGUUCCGAACGAGAUUCUCAACGAGGUUCUGGGCGUAGACGGCGUGAACACCGCAGGACUAAGGAUUUACGGCCAGAAGAUGACUAUGAGCGUCGGGUAGACUCGCCAAGGUCAAAUAGGUCAUCAAAUCACUCUAAACUUUCAUCUCCACUUCCUUCUCCAAAGCUUUCUCCCAAUCAAUUGCCUAGGACAGAGCCAUUUGAAAGAGCAGAGACGUUUCCACAAGGUCGCAGACCUAGUUCAAGACCCAUUUCUCCUUUAUAUGGCCCACAAGAGAUUCACCGCUCGGAGAGACUUAAUCCUUUGAGCCCAGGUUUAGUCCCGAGACCAUCUUCUCGUCAGUCAAGUGUCCCAGGCUCAAUAUCAACGCCACAGAUGCAACAAAUUCCGGCCCCUUUCCCUCUUCCAAUUCCUGUUCCAACUAGAAUUGACCUACACUCCCCAGGCGAGACUCGACGCACACCAACUGUGACUCAGUAUCAGGAAGAUCGUCCAGCUAGUACACGACCAGCUCCGAACGAUAAGCCCUAUUGGCAACCUCCCCCUUUUCAACCUCCUCAGAUCCCUUCAAAUAAACUAGAGAGACCUGUCGGUAGCUAUCGUCGUUAUUCGGAAGAUGUAGGACGAGGUGGCGUUGCGCCACUCCCAUCGUGCCCGAGAAUGAAUCCUACUACUGGCUAUCAAGAUUGGUUGACGCUUCCUCAGUGUCCCAACUUCGACAUUUGUCCAAGUUGCUUCAACUCGAUCAUAGCACCAACAGGAUUUCGAGACCACUUUAUACCCGCUCCUCGCAGACCAGACAUUGCAAUCAUAUGCGAUUUUGGCAGUUCGCCCUGGUAUCGAAUAGCAUGGCUUUUAACGCUUAAGGAGCGAAGAAACGAUCUCGGUCUUUUCUAUGGUCUCGCUAAUGUGGGGGCGGUUGAGGCACCCUGCCCUGGAAAACGCGAAGCGUUUAACAGAUCAUGGAACUCAAUCAUCGACCCCAAGACAGGCUUACCAAUCAAAAACUUUGACGUUUGUCACUCAUGCGUUAGAUCGGUCGAGAUACUUCUUCCUCCCAUCCGUGGUGCAUUUGUUCGUACCAUCGAAACAGAUUAUUCUAGCUCCAUUCCCCGCAUAUGCGACCUUCGUUUUGACAGUAAACGCUUCGUUCAAUAUUUCGAUGCUCUAGAAACUACUGCAGAUGAUGCUGCUUACCACAACUCUUCCCCCGACACCCGCACUCUUGCUAAACUCGCCCGCAAAUUUUCCAUUCUAGAAGAAUGUCAACAAGCUACCGAUCUUCCUGAUCGCCGCUGGUACAUGAUCACUCAAUUGCCCGAAUUUACCGUCUGCGAAGAGUGUUUUGAUGACGUUAUCCUCCCAGAACUAGAAGAUGGAAAGGCAAUCCCACUCAUGUUCAAUAAAACUCCACAGCGAAUACAAAAGGCCAGUUGUCAAUUAUAUUCUCCCAGAAUGAGAGUCAUUUUCCAAAAAGCUUGUAACUCGGAUGAUUAUAUGCUUUUGGCUACCAAGGCGAGAGAGAGAAGAAAUGCAGAGUUGGCCUGGAAGGUUAAUGUAGCGGCUACCAAGAGGCAGAGUAGGGAGAGUAUGGUUGCGAAUCCAGGAAUAGGGAGAGAGAUUCAGAGAUUGAAUGAUGAGUGGAGGAAAUGGGAAUGAAGUGUCGAGGACUCAUUCGAUGUGAAUCAGCAAUGGUUUGGUGAAAGGUACGGGGAUUGGAUCUGAUGAGAUUCAUCUGCGAUAUUUAAAUUGGAAAUUUCGCAUUAGUUUGGAUGUUGAAAACGCGCUUGUUUGGCUACACAUGAGUAAGAUGGAAUCGGAAUUCCGGAAGAAUGAUGAGAUGAUGACGCCACGAACUCAAAAGUCAUGAACAGAUGAGUAGACGAAUGAUGAGCAAUGAGCAAUGAACAAUGAACAGACGAAUAAAUGCAUUCAUGAUAAGAUUGGAUGGAUUGGAUAGGAUACCAAACAUGUAUGAGGAUUUAGCUUACGACGCGAAAUGAUACCAAGACUUUUACUCUGCACAAUUGAACUGGACCAGUGAGAAGAACAAUAAGAGAUACAGAUACUAUUGUU